UCUCUUUGAUUCGACUAACAAAGCUCAGUGAAGGCCUUGAAGGCGGCAGGCCAAAUGAGCAGGUAGCGGCUGUAAAUGAGAGGGGAGGUGGGUAGUGUAUGUAGGACGCUACACUGAAGUUGACUAACUUCACAAGAGGAUCACAUGGAGUUUGGACCUCUCUCCGGUGUCUGUACCCUGGACUCGUGAAUGAAUUCGAGCGACCUAUCACUACCCCCAGAGGACCGUAUCCAGUUUCCAGUUUCUCGUAGCGCCAGCCCAGUCGCCGCAAAGUCGCUUCAAUGAGAACCGACUAUUGGGAAUACCUUGAGUGUGAUUCACGUUCACUAACGUCCUCGUUGGAGUUUACGCGGGGAUAAAGUCGUGGAAUGAAGUCGUAAACAUGUUAGUGUUACUUAACCUUUCGGCUGGCGUGUGAUCUGCCCGCGCGCUGCGUGUCUUCGCCGCGGCAACCUGCAACGCCGCCUUUGAAGUUCAACUUUUUUCUCUUCCGCGUGUGCGCGCUUGAGUGUGUGUGAGAGUGAGUGUGUGUGAGUGUGUGUGUGUCGGUCCAUAAAAAAUGUGGCGCCCUCGGGACUUGCAAUCACGUAAAGCUGUUUGUCAACUUUCUUGCACGGCGUAAGUCAAGUUUAUGAUGGUUGCUGUUAGCGCCACUUGUUAUUUAUAGUAGCAUUAUUAGCUGGACACACGGGAGCUGCCCAUGCGCGCGAGGGACACGUGGAUCAUAUUUUGGUGACUUUUUUGUUUUUUUUGUUUUUUGUUAUUCCUUUUGAGUGAAUGUGUUUGCAUUGGGAAUACUUGCUGGGAUCAUCCGUUGGAGAUAUCGAACUUCGAAUGGAAAGGUCACGCGUAAAAGUUUGGAUUGUUACGCUGUAGGAGACGACAACAAUCCACCAUGUGCGGCCGGGCUCCGCCGCUUCAGCCGAAGCCAUGACCGUCUCCCUAUGGCGCCUGGCCGGCUUCUUGGCGGCCCUGCAGGUGGUGCUGGGCCAGCCAGGCCUGGAGCCCGAGCGGCCGGGGCACCGAGCACUUAUCAAGGUGACACUGCUCAAGCACGACCCGACGGGAAGUCCCAUCACUCUGGAAGGGGUGUUUGUGGGGGGGAGCGCCGGUUACGCGGAGGGAAAACUAAUGCAGUAUCACCCUCUGUCUCUGUGCAACACAAGUGAAGAUGAGCGACCAGAUAGUGACUUCAUCACCAUUGUCAAACUGGAGCAAAGAGGACCGCGCUGUCUACCGCUGCUGGAUAAGGCUCACAUGGCACUGGACAAGGGCGCUCAGGCUGUCAUUUUCGAUGUCAGCGAUGAUGCAAAUGCAGCUGCUGAGCUGAGAGAAGCGGACUCCCUUCCACGCCCUGUCGUGCUGGUGGACGCUGACGAUGCAGAGGAGUUGAUGGGUCUGGUCAACAAGAACGAGGAGGCUCAAGUCUGUAUUGAGAUCUUGGUGGAGCAGCCCAAAUGGCCACAUUAUGACGUGGGCAUCCUCCUUACCGUUGUCUUGGCUAUUUUGACCAUCGUCCUCAUCUUUGCUUUUCGCUACAAGUGCAAAUCUAACAGAACUUGGGACACGGCCCAUCAGCAAACCGUCAAUGCCAUUAGUCGUUUGGAAACCAAAACCUACAUCUCCCAGGGCUGCUCAGGCACACAUCGCUCCCAUGGCAGCAGUUCCAACUCCAGCCCAGUCUGUGCUAUCUGCCUGGAGGAAUUCCAGGACGGCCAACAUUUGAGGAUCAUCUCCUGCGCUCAUGAGUUUCACAAAGACUGUGUUGAUCCUUGGCUGCUGGAGCGCCGCACCUGUCCUUUGUGCAUGCACAACAUCUUGGGGACAGAGAGGCAGCCACACAGGAACAGACUUCUGUCCAGUCCAGAGCGAAGUUUCCUUCACCCGCAGCCUUACAGCAGCCCACGAAACCACCCCUUCCCCCAGCAUGCCAUCCCGUUCUCUAUGAGACCCAACUAUCCUCGUGGACCUUCGGGGUCCUAUCCCCCUGUCGGUUACUACAAUGCGUCUUCUCCCAUGGACAGCCGAACGCUACGUUUGCUCACCAGUAGGCCUCUGGGCGCCCCUUGUGAGUACCACCUUCCCGCAGAGGGUCCCAGGAGGCCCCAGAGGACUGGCGGAAACUGCAGGACUUCGACCCACCACUAUACCCCCCGCCGGUCCUGUCCAAACUAUCGCUCAUCCUGCCCAGCUCAGCGUAGCACACCCAGCUCCAGAAUGCACCACAGCGCCUCAGCCAGAGUGGCCGCCCAAGGCCGGCUAGACGAGGGCAGCUGCUCCGGCGGCAGCUACCACACGGACCGCAGCGGAUAUUUGGCAGACGGGCCGGCGAGCGACUCCAGCUCGGGGCCGUGCCACGGCUCCUCCAGCGACUCGGUUCUCAAUUGCACCGAUGUGUCCAUGCAGGGAGUUUACGGCAGCUGGUCCACUUUCCGGAGCUCGUUGAGCAGUGACUACGAUCCGUUUGUGUAUCAUGGGCCGGGGUCUGGGCGAGCCCCGCGGAGGAACAGUCUGGAGAUGGAGGCCCAGGCUAGGCCCAGGUCUGUGGAUUUGGUGGUGAAUAAAGUGGGCUCCCCAGAGGAACAGCCACAGACUGUGUUCAGCCACAUCCACUACCACCGCCAUAGACACCACCACUAUGAGGAAGGGGAGGGCAGCCAGGGCUCAGAUGAGGAGCAGGGGAGCACAGCAGCAACAUCUGCACCUUCUUCACUCCUCUUGGACAAAGAUCCAUCUGUUUGCCCUCCUCAGCUUAGUCACUGCCAGUGCACAAAACCAGACUGUACUAAUGUGUGUGGGACAGAAAAUCAGGAUCAGGACCCGAGCAGCUCUUCAGUGCCCUCAGUCCUGAUGUCUCCAGUCCCUAUGAAGCUACAGACCCACUGCUAUCACCAAGGACACAGUACCACAGCUCUGGGGCGGGGCUGUAUGCGAGACUCUCUCUCCGCUCGCUUUCACCAGAGCUUGGACCUUCAGGAAGAUCGGAGCAGCCGCGGCCACUACGGCCAAAGUUCAGGAUUCUGCCGCUCACCCCCUGAACCGCACUCAGCCCCCUUUCCCGUACCUCUUAUUUUGGACUCGGGUGGUAUCGACGAAUGGCCUUGCUGUGCCGAGUCCUACGUUGUGUGGCAAAAACGAGUCCAAGAGGUCCAUCCUGAGCCUCAGCUUCUGGGCACCAGGACCUCCAUUGAGUGGGCCCCUUGCAGGUUUCACCAUGAACUCGCUGCAGAUCGCAACACAGACAUUUGUUUAUGUUGUCAAAAAAUAUACCAACAUCAGGGAUCUGAAGAGGAGUCUGGAGUGUGACAACUUGUUUCCACAAUACAGUAGAACCCAUUUAAGUCCACCUCGUUUAUGUCGGAAACCCGUCUUAUGUCGACCAACUCAUCAAGUCUUCAUCCACCGUGUUCGUUUCAUCACUAAAAAGUGCUCUCUUAAGCCGACGUCGACAUACAUGGUCGAUCGCUUUUUUUCAUCUUUACAAUUUGAUAAAAAAGUCACUCCUUUUAUGUCUAUCUGUUGUAGUAUUAUUCACUUCUUUGUUACCGCUCAAUAGCAUGAAACCAGUUACACAGCCUUAAGAAGAAUAGACAGUGACUUCCUGUUCAGUGCAAAGCAAGCGUCAAAAUAAAAGCAUGACAGUAUUUUUGUUACCUGGAUUCGACCACAGCAACUAACAAAAGUCACCCGAUUCAAAUUUAUUUAGGAAUUUUAGCCACCGGGAAAAAAAGAUUUGCGCAUGAUGUAUCGUCGUGUUAGUCAAGACAUAAAACAAAAUUAGUGCUGUUAGAUUAUUUUUUCAUCACACUUAAACAUAGGUUAUUACCCAUAUGCAUGAUUUAAAAUAACUUAAAACAAAGCCCAAUAUUUGCACACAAUUUUAUUGUCAAAAUGUCAUCCAGGAACUUUUUUUAAAUGUUUUUGAAAUGCGCUAAAUACAUUACGUGAUUAAUCAGCAUAUACACAUUAUUAAUGCAAUAUUUUUUUUUGUCAUUUCGAGUUACCCUAUUAUUUUCGACAGCCAAAAUAAAAAUGUAGAAUACAUGAAAACUGAAGAAUCAAGUGGUAAUUGAGGAAAUAUAUUUUAUGUCACAUUGUCCUUUUGUGACAAGUUAUUAAGGAGUGCUUAGUUUUGACUUUGGUUCGUCGACAUAAGCGGUUGUAAGUCAAGCAAGUCCGAGGGGCGUCAACAUAAACGGGUUCCACUGUAUCACGCUGCUACUCAGGAGCCAGAAUGGACAGUCGAACAUUGUGGUAGUGCUCUCUUCUCUGCUGCCACAACAAGAAGAUUCUUUAUCCCAGCUCCUCCCUCCGCUUUGUCAACAUAAUUCAUAACAAAAAGUGUCAAUCUUUUCCCAAGGUUCUGUGUUUUGGAUGAUCAGGAGGACAACAAUCACAGAAGAAAAGUGAAAGUGUGCCCAUUUUUUAGGACACAGGGUUUGGUUUUUGGUGUGCCUCCUCUCUUUUUACGACUAACUUGAUCGCUCACUUUGGUACUUUGUUCACUUGCUCAAUCUUCAUUUUUGCUGAGGCGAGCCUCAGUGGAAAAGUCGUCACUAUCCUACCUCAGCUCACAUUUGUCUUGGCUCACAGGGUCUUUAAAAGGUACUGCUGUAGUUGUUUGACGCCACACCAACAACCUUGUCAGGUCGGUAGAUUCUCUGAAUGUUCUCUGAAUUGGCAUAGCCUUGCAUUGGCCUUGUUUUCAAAACUUCAAUCAUGGCAGCUGUUUUUAUCAUGAGUUUUGUUUGUGGGGUUUUUUUAAGUUUUAAAAAUGACUGAAUUAUUACAUCUUAAUAGCAUUUUUUUUUUUACUUUAUGAUGAUGAUGCUCGUUGUUUUUCUGCUUUUUUCUUUGUAACAAUUCUGCAUUAUAGCUGUAGACACACCCCCAGUGCCUUUUUUAAUAACAUCAAGAGAAGUGGAUUAAAGCCACAUCUUGUUUGCCUGACAAACAUCACAGAAAACACUGAAAACCAAUUAAAUGCAAUUAUAAGAAUAGUGGUCAGUUAAAAGGAGUAUCUGGGGCAUGCUUAGAAAACAGCAAAGUUUGAAGGAAGUAACAGAAUUUCAAAUCAGAAGUUCAUUAUUUGUCAUAAUAAAGUCAAAAUAUCAUGCGAAUAAAGUCAGAAUAUUAGCUGUAUUUCAACAAGGAAAAUGUCUUCAAUUUUAUUCAAAUUGUUAUAGGAGAAAAAGUUGUAGUUUAAAGGAAAAGAGUAAUGAUUUGACAAAAUUAGUGGUGGAGAGUUACAUAAUCCAAAUGAAAUUAUAAUAAGGAUAGAGUUGUAAUGUUUUUAAGGAAAAAGUUGCAGAUCACUUUAUUGUGAUUGUGUAAAUGUCAGGAAAUGUAAAUGUCCAAAUGUACUGUAUACGUUCUAGACAACAGAACAUACUUUUAGCACGCUGAAGGUGAAUCUUAAAUGAUCCAGUUGCAAGAACAUGCAUAUUACAAACAUUU